ACAGAGAUUAUGGCAAUGGCUAUAAUGAGGACGGGAUCUGAACACGUCAAACUCCUCUCUCUGUUGGUAAUCGUCGCGCUUUUGUUCGUGUCUGGGAUAAGCGCCGAUAGCCAUCGCAGACGGAAGAGCACAGCCCAUGGCGGGUGCGCGAGUGCCAGCUUUAUCACCCCUCCUAUGGCUCACGGGGCUAAUUACGGAAGGGGUAGAAGUGUUCCCUCCAGCCCUAGCGCUUUCACCCAAGCACCACGCGUGGACCUUGGGGGCCUCCGUCAAGCCAAGGGAAGGACAGGGAGGGGUGGGUCCUUAUUCAUGCAAUCGAAAGAUUAUUAUGACAUUCUCGGGGUCUCGCGUAGCGCCACGAAGCAGGAGAUCAAGAAGGCCUAUCGGAAACUGGCACUGCGCUGGCACCCGGACGUCUGCAAGGAAGAGGGGGCGGCGGAUAAAUUCAAGGAGGUGAACAAGGCUUACGAGGCGCUCAGCGACGAGGAGAAGCGGGCACGCUACGAUCGCUUUGGGGAGGCGGGCGUGGAGGGUCGGGGCUUCGGGGGGGGGGCACAAUUCGUGGACGACUUCGAUAUUGGCGACAUUUUCGACUCGUUCUUCGGAGGAGCCGGCGGAGGACGUGGCGGAGGGGGAAGGCGGGGUCCCGGCGGGCGGCGCACCCCCCAGGUGGUGCCAGGAGACGAUUUGCGGCUGGACCUGACUGUUCCCUUCAGCACCUCCAUCUUUGGGGCCGAGGAGAAGGUACGCAUCAACCACUUGGAGACAUGCAAGACCUGCAACGGCUCCGGCGCCAAGAAAGGGAGCCCCUCCCGCGUCUGCGGGAAAUGCCAAGGGAACGGGGUGGUGGUGCAGGUCCAACGCACCGCCUUCGGCAUCAUGCAGACGCAAGUCGUGUGCGACCAGUGCGACGGGACCGGCGAGGUGGUGGCGGAGAAAUGCGGGGACUGCAAGGGAGCGGGGGCCCUCCAGACCAACAAACAGAUCAAGAUCGACAUCCCCGCCGGCGUGCAGGACGGUACCAAGCUGCGCAUCAAGGGGGAAGGCGACGCCGGCCAACGCGGCGGCCCAUCCGGAGACCUCUACGUCUUCCUCUCUGUGGAGGUGGACAAGCGCUUCCGGCGGGAAGGCAUCGAUUUGUACACGGACCUGAGCAUCGACUACUUGGACGCCAUCUUGGGGAGUGAGAAGCCGGUUCCCACCGCGGAUGGGAAAGAGGAGGUGGUUCAGAUUCCCUCGGGGACCCAACCUACGACCCGCAUCACCCUCAAGGGCAAGGGCGUGCCGCGUUUGGGACAGCCCAACCUUCGCGGUGACCAGAUUGUGAACGUGGUGGUGAACUUCCCCACCAAGCUUUCAAGCAAAGAGAAGGAGCUUCUCCAGAAGCUAAGGACGGUGCAAGGAGGGGCGACGGGCGUGAAAGGAGGGCAGGGUGUUGGAAAGGAGAGCAAAGGCAUGGGGGGGUGGUUUGGAGGGAGCAGCAAGUAAAAGAGCGAGUAAAUGGGGGCGGUGGGCGUUGUGUAGAGGGAGCUCGGGGAGAGCAUGGCAGCCCGGGGGCUAUGGACGCGUGGGGCUUUAUGGCAAAGGAACCGACACAGGUCUAGGAUG